AUGGAAAGCCCUGACCUUCAUCGCUUUGGUGACAGUCCUCGAAGUGGAUCAUUCAAUCAGAGCGAGUUAUACGACGACUUAAUCAUAGACGAGAUUCUGUCGCUUGAAGACGAGCAGAGGAGGACCAGCGGAAAGACUCAGCCUGUGAGUGAUUUCCCUUGGUUUCUCUUGCUGCAUUAUUUGUCAUUUCGUUUCAUGUUCGCCUUUCUGUUUUAUCUUUUAAUUCCCUUGAUUCAUUGA